ACCCAGCAAAACGCUGACUUACAGCUGCUGUCACUCCUGCUUCGGUCCUCCAUCUCUUUUGCUUCCCUCCCCCAGCUGGAGUGCACCCACUAGCAGCAGCAGCAUUAGCGGCUAAUCCCUAAAGUCCCGCUUUCGUGACCUCGCACGAGAUCGCUCCGUGGUAAUUCGGUGCGCUAUCCCCUAAGCUCCCUGCGAUCGCGUACUUUCACACGCAUCGCCAGUUAUGGCGGUCAAGGCGGUAGCCGCAGCACUAACUGUGAUACCCCACACGACCCUCCACUACGGAACAAGAACUCGCCGUUUUUCCACAGUCUUCAACCCUCGCGCAGCCUCCUCCCGCCAGCCAUGCGGCCAACGCGCGGACUCCUUGCUCUCCGCCGCCCGCCGAUUGCGCGCACAAGCCUCACAAACCCCGCGGGCCUCCGUUGCUCGAUCGCGCCUUUCUGCAGCAGCAGAAGGGGGCGGAGGUAAGCGCGAUCUCGCGCGCUUCGCUCCAGCCGCCGCCGGCAGCGCAAUGUCGUCGGAGAUCUCCGCAGAUUCUGCGGACGGCGCGGUAGCCGCGGCUCACGGCAGCGCGAGCGCCUCGCAGCAAAACGCGGAAAAUCAGAACGCGGAGGAGUGCGCGGCGGUGCUGGCGCAGCUGAACCGGUCGGCGGACAGCCUUCCCGCGGACCUGGCGGACGCGGUUGCGCGCGGGCGCGUUCCCGGGGAGGUGGUGGAGCGAUACGCGGAGAUGGAGAACACGAUGCUCCUGGGUUACCUGCUGCGCUUCGGCGGGUUCAAAGAGAGACUACUGGCUGACGACCUGUUCAUGACGAAAGUCGCGAUCGAAUGCGGCAUCGGCAUCUGCACCAAGACCUCGGCGGAGUGGGAGAGGAGACGAGCGGCGUUCUUCCCCGAGUUCGACUUCGUCAUUGCUGACGUGAUCAUGGCGCUGAUAGCGGACUUCAUGCUGGUCUGGCUGCCCGCCCCCACCAUCCCUCUGCACCCCGUACUCGCCAAAGAGGCCACUGCACUGCAAAAGUUUCUCGACACCUGCCCGGACAACGCCUUCCAGGUCCCCAUUCGUGGCACGGAGUACACCCUCCUGCAGCGCUUCACUGCUGUUUUGAGGAACGGAGCAAAGCUCAUGGUUGUUGGGACGACUGCAUCCCUGUUUGGCUGUGGCAUGACCAACGCUCUCCAAUGGGUGCGCAAGGAGCUCGCAUCCACCCCCCCUGCUGCUGCUGCAGCCACACUCCCUCCCCUAGAACUUACCUCCGCCCCUUUCCCACUAGACGCUUCUGCUGACCUGGCGGCUGCUUUGAACCCAGCUGCAGCCGUUGAUGCUGCCACCACGGCAGCCUUGGUACUAGACCCUUCUGUAGCGGUUGAUGUGGCAGCGGCUAUGUCGGCGUCGGCUGCUGAUGUGGCGGCCGCACUGUCAACAGCCGCUGAGGUGGCAAGCUCGGCGGUGGGGACGAUUCCGGCAGAGCUGGAGGUGCCUAUCCUCGCCACAAGCCUGGCCUAUGGCUCUUAUGCCGCGAUUUCGGCGAACCUUAGGUACCAAAUAUUGGCCGGCGUGAUUGAGCAGCAGUGGCUAGAGCCUCGCUUCCAUGGCAACAAGACGCUCCUUGCAGUGCUCUCAUUCAUCUUCCGCACAUCCAACACAUUUAUUGGCUCGCUCUUGUGGGUGGACUAUGCGCGAUGGAUCGGGGUUCAGUGAUUGUUAUGUACAAAGCAGCCUUCAUUUUCCUUUUGGCUCAGUAAAUUAGCAUUAGUUCGUAUUUAGUAUCUCACCCAACAUUUGCAAUAGGCUUGAUGGAGAAAGCCAGUACGGUAGGUUAGUAUUUAUGGCAAAGAACUGUAGUAUGUGAAGGGCAUCAAUCAAGUUGUGUAUUGGGAAAUAAUGUGCUCAGUUCUUGUUGUGAGGAAUCUAGUU